AUGAGCUUUCAAAAGGCUACCAGUCUCUUAGGGUCGCAGUUCUACCAUAACGUUGGCAACAAUCAGGCAAAGACUACCAACAGGACUUCUGUCAGAAACGUCAUUGUCGAAGCUGUGCUAGGUUCUGAAGCUAGACUUAAUUAUCUCAAGUACGCGGACCGAUCAACGGAUUGGCCUCAUGGAAGACCCUCAGAUGUGUUAUCUGCGCCCAGUGAAGUCGCCGAUUCCUUGCCCCCUGUUCUAGUCGAAGUACAAAACACAAUUGACGUCAACUUUGCCAAAAGAACCAUCCAAUAUUGCCUUGCAGUUAACGAACAAUAUGGGAUCUCACCAAUUGUCGUUGUCUUCGGUAUACAUCCUACAAGAAUAGCCAAUGAUUUAGUACAAAGCGAUCAGCUACCAUACGCGAAAGAAUAUCCUUGCAAACCAUGGGCUAAAUCUUUCUACGUCUUGGAUCCUAUCACUAUCCAUAGCCAUGUUCAAAAACAACCAAUGGAACCAUUAGUUGCAAUAGAACGAUUUCUGCACAGGCAAAAAAGAACUCUGUUGGACAUGGGUAGCAAGGAGCGUGCUGAUGAGACCAUUAAAAUGCUGUACGCAAUUGCAAGAGCGAUAUCCGAAAGCAUUGUCACCUUGGAGGAACGAACUAUCGACGUCCUUUCAAAUGCGUGUGAGCAGGCACAAGAGCGGUUCCGCAAGAUCAAGGAGGCAUGCGAUAUUGAAGAUGUGGAAGAGCUGAGAAAACGCACAAGAGAGUAUGCCGAGGACGGCGAUAUGCACAUGGAAAACUGCAAGAGAAAGCUGCAACGCACACUUGAAUUUGUAUCUACAGGUCUGCCAGAAGAAGCAGAAGAAGAUGGACCGUCUACAAGUGAACGUCACGAAGAUAUCUUGCAAGAAGAAGCAGGAGAAGGUGGACCGUCUACAAGUGAACGUCACGAAGAUAUCUUGCCAGAAGAAUCAGAAGAAGGCGGACCGUCUACAAGUGAACGUCACGAAGAUAUUUUGCCAGAAGAAUCAGAAGAAGGCGGACCGUUUACAAGUGAACGUACCGAAGAUAUUUUGCCAGCUUCAGAUCAGCCAAAUACAGUAUCGCCUGAUUUUGCUUUUGUUGAAAACUUCAGAAGCACUCAAAGAAGAAUGAACUGGGGCGCAUGCUUCAAUGCUGGAAGAGCACAAGAUCUGUUCACAUCAUAUAGAGACUCUAAAAGCUUAAAUGCAUCUUUUUUUAAAGCACAAAAACAUAAGCAAUAA